AUGUUCGCCUGGAAACAAUCUCCCUCUUGCAUCGCUCUCCUCGCCCUUCCUCUAGCUUUGUUUGCCCUAGCAACCGUCGUCUUCUACCCUCGCGAUUUCGGCCUCCCGUUGACCUUCACCUCCUGCGGCAGCUCAUCAUCUUCGGCCGGCGGCAUCUCCGCUGCCCCCGUACAGCCUGAAUUUCGGCUCCUCGUCGGCAUCAUAACCCGCCCGGAGUACUAUGAGCGCCGGCACCUCCUCCGCAUGGUCUACAGCCUUCAGCAGUCCGACAACAACUUCGCCGCCCAUGUCGACGUCCGCUUCGUCUUCUGCAACCUCUCGACCGAGGAGCAGGCGGUCUUUGUCGCCCUCGAAAUCAUGUGCUAUGACGAUAUCAUCAUUCUCAACUGCACCGAGAACAUGGACAACGGCAAGACCUACAAUUACUUCUCCAGCCUCCCGACGCUAUUCGACGGCGACGCCAAGUACGACUACGUCAUGAAAACGGACGACGAUGCGUUCUUCCGGCUGCCCAGCCUGAUUGAAUCGUUGAGGGACAAACCUAGGAGCGAUGUGUACUACGGGCUCCAGAUGCCAUGCGACAAGGAGAACUUCUUCCCCUUCCCGCCGUUCAUGUCGGGGAUGGGGUACAUCUUGUCGUGGGACCUGGUGGAGUGGAUCGCCACAUCCGAGACGGCGCGGGAGGAUACCACCGGGCCAGAGGAUAUGUGGACGGGGAGGUGGCUGAACAUGGCGGGCCGGGCCAGCAACAGGUUCGACAACGCCCCGGCCAUGUACGACUACCGAGGCACGUCGCCGGCCACAUGCUUCCGCCACGACUUCGUGCCGGAGACCAUCGCCGUGCACCAUCUCAUAGACAACGCCAGAUGGACGGACGCGUUGACCUACUUCAAUUUCACAAAGGGGCUCAAGUCUUCUAAGCAAUACCACAUUCCCUGAUUUUUUUUCUUUCGAAGAAAAAAAAUUCAGGAUAUAUAUACAUAUAUAAUAAUUCUUUUAUGGGUAUAUAUACAUAUUACUUAUGAUUCAAUUUUCUACAGAUUUUUCAUUCGGAUGAUUUUGCUAUAUGUAUAAAUAAGGAAAUUAGAGUGAUUUUUAAAUAUCAAUUGCCUGAAAAAUAGUUCAUACUACUUAAUUAAGGAGGAUGAAUGAUUGAUAGUGUCGAUUUGUGAGAUGUGCAUACAUGCGUGUUUUUGAACUAAAUGA